AUGUGCACGCAAGAGCCUAUCUUCUGGUGCAUGGGCAACAUGGACGGCGAUUUCCCUGGGUCUGGCUUGUUCACUUCCGCCUGCCCUGAAGCCGUCUCACAUCUGGAAAUCUACAGCAUCACUGCGGGUGUGUCGAUGUUCCUGUACUGGCUCCUCAUCAUGAACCUGUCGAUCUUCUCGAUGCAGAUAUCCGCCUUUGUCCUGGUCUGUGGACAGGUUAUGGGCGAGCUGCUGCUCUUUCUGACGUCCUUGGCUUUCCUAAUACUGGCCUUUGCGACAUCUGUCAGCGCAAUCUCCCAUCAGCUUCCUGACUUCGCAGGCAUCGACGCCGCGGCUUUGUCCUUGUUGGCCAUUUCACUGGGCCUGUUCCCAAGCGAGAAGUUCUUGGAGCUCAAGGAAUCAGUGUGGGUCACUCUCUUGGUCGUGCUGUUCGUCAUCAUCGUCGUCGCCUUCCUGCUGAACCUUCUUGUGGCGCAGCUGAACCAGGCAUAUGCCAGUGUCUACCUCGACAUGCAAGGUUACGCACGCCUGAACCGAGCCGAGGUUAUCGUGCAAGCGGCUCAGUUGGGGGUCUCUGCCCCGAUGACGCGAAUAAGUCUGCCCUUUUGUGAACUUGGCAUACGAGCGCCUCAAGGUGCCUCCCGACUCCUGAUACCUUUUGUACUUUUGUAG